CCCCGGAGACGCCUCAGGCUGCGGCCUCUGAGUGAGGUCGAAAAUCUGACCCGGCCGCGGGCCCUGCGGCUGCCCGGCUCGCGGUCCUGGAGCCUCGGGCCUCCAGGAAUAAAACCUCCCCCACCCAGGUUCCCCUUCGACUAGCUGUCGGUCCACGCCUUGUCUGACCCCGUCGGAGUCUCAAGUGUGUUACCGGCUGUGGAGGGGAGCGCGGUUGCCUUCGCGCGUUUCGUGGGUUCUUCAUAGAAAUAGAAAACCGAGAAACGAUGUGCGAGCAAGCGGACACUCUCUAUUUGAUCGGCAAGCGACAGAAGAGCGGCUGGUCCAGCGGAGACCAGGUGCAGAGCCCCAAGGAGUCGCUGGCUGGCAGGACGUGCCCCGGCUGCUGCAGGCGUCGCUGUCCUGUCCUUGGAUUAUCAGCAGAAUGGGAGUGAAUGACUUGUGGCAAAUUCUGGAGCCUGUGAAGCAACACAUCCACUUGCAGAAUCUUGGUGGGAAAACCAUUGCUGUUGAUCUGAGUCUCUGGGUGUGUGAAGCACAAACAGUCAAAAAAAUGAUUGGAACCGUCAUGAAGCCACAUCUCAGAAACCUGUUUUUUCGUAUCUCAUAUUUAAUGCAAAUGGAUGUCAAAUUAGUGUUUGUUAUGGAAGGGGAACCACCAAAGCUGAAAGCUGAUGUCAUAAGCAAGAGGAAUCAAAUUCGUUAUGGGUCUUCUGGAAAAACAUUGUCUCAGCAAACAGGGAGAUCACACUUUAAAUUGGUUUUAAGAGAGUGCCUGGACUUGCUGGACUGCUUAGGAAUACCCUGGGUUCAAGCCGCUGGGGAAGCUGAAGCCAUGUGUGCCUACCUCAAUGCCGAAGGUUAUGUAGAUGGCUGCCUCACCAAUGAUGGAGAUGCUUUUCUUUAUGGGGCCCAGACUGUUUACAGAAAUUUCACAAUGAAUGUGAAGGACCCACAUGUUGAUUGUUAUUCAAUGUCAUCUAUCAAGGUUCAGUUAGGUUUGGACAGAGAUGCUCUGGUUGGACUAGCAGUUCUUCUUGGCUGUGAUUAUCUCCCAAAGGGAGUCCCUGGAGUUGGAAAAGAACAAGCAUUAAAACUUAUACAGAUUUUGAAAGGGCAAAGUUUACUUCAGAGGUUUGAUCAGUGGAAUGAAAAAUCUCAUUCUAAUCCACAACCAGCUGUCACUAAAAAACCGGCUCAUUGCUCUGUGUGUUCCCACCCAGGUUCACCUAAGGAUCAUGAACGGAGUGGGUGCAGAUUAUGUAAGAGCAAUAGGUAUUGUGAACCACAUGAUUAUGAAUACUGCUGUCCUUGUGAGUGGCACCAAACAGAAUAUAAUAGGCAGUUAACUGGAGUAGAGGCAAAUAUUAAAAAGAAAGCUUGCCGUUGUGAAGGAUUCCCAUUCCAAGAGGUUAUUCAAGAAUUCCUUUUGAACAAGGAUAAAUUGGUGAAGGUAAUCAGGUACCAAAGACCUGAUUUGUUAUUGUUUCAGAGAUUUACUCUCGAAAAAAUGGAAUGGCCCAAUCACUAUGCAUGUGAGAAAUUACUGGUGCUUUUGACCCGUUAUGACAUGAUAGAAAGAAAACUCGGUAGACGGAACUCUAACCAACUGCAGCCAAUUCGAAUUGUUAAGAACCGAAUCAGAAAUGGAAUUCAUUGCUUUGAAAUAGAAUGGGAAAGGCCUGAACAUUACAUUACAGAAGACAAACAAAAUGGAGAGUUGGUUCUAUCAACAAUUGAAGAAGAAUCAUUGUUUGAAGCAGCAUAUCCUGAGAUUGUUGCUAUUUACCAACUACAAAAGUUAGAAAUUAAAGGGAAGAAACAAAAGGGUUUGAAAAUUAAGUCUAAAGAAAAUUUACCAGACUCAGAUGAUGCAGUGACUCUUCAAUCAGAAAUUACUUUAAAAUCCACAUGUGAAAUCUUUCCUAAGCAGAAUUCCAAGUUAAAUUUGGAAAUUUCUCCCAAUCCUACAUUACCCCAAGAAACUAUCCCUGCCUCAUUGAAUGACUUCCAUUUACCUGAAGUUGAUGAUUUCCAUUUCAAUACCCAGGAACAUUUCCUGUCUUCUCCAAGACCUUUGGCUAUCCAACAAAUUAAAGCUGUCAGUAAGUAUCCAACUUCAGAUGCUGGUCAACCCGGUUCCUCAUUCCAUGAUAGAUCAGAGAUUGCCGAUCUGCACUUGAGCACCAUUGACUGGGAAGGCACUUCUUUCAGUAAUUCCCCAGCUAUUCAAAGGAACACUUUCUCUUGUGGUAUAAAAUCAGAACUUAAAUCAGAGCUCUCAGCCAUUGCUGAUUCCUUUGAAAAUAUCCCAGAACAAUUAUGUGAAUCAGAACAGUGCACCUCAAACAUAAAUAAAGUGUUGGAUUGGGAUCUCCAAAAGAUUAAUCCUGAAGAGCAUCUACUUUCUGGCAUAUCUGAUUUAUGUCUUCAAGAUUUACCUUUAAGGGAACGACUACAGAUAAAAUCAUCGUAUCCUCAGGAUAAUGUACAAACAGAUGUUGACUUGAAAACUUUGUCCCUAAUUAGGGUAAAAGAAUCUUGUAUUGCUAAUAGUACUGAUUGUCCAUCACAUCUUUCUAAAGAUCUUCCAGGAAUUAAUUUACAAAAUGAAUCCAAGAACACUGAAGUUGUAAAAGGCCAACUGCUUCAAGAAAACUAUAAAAUAACUACUUCUGUAUCAUUUCCUGGCAAUAACACAACAGCAUUUAGAGCUAGACCACCAAAUACAGCUUUACAUCAUAGUAGGAAAGUUGAUACAGAAGCCACCAAAAAAAUUAUAAUGAAGAAAAGUGUUUGCCUUGACAGACAUUCACCUGAUGAAGAAAGUACCCCAGUGUUUGAGAAAGCUAAGUAUUCAACUCAAAAAAUAAAGCAUGGUUUUCAGAAUGAUCACCCAGCCCGAUUCAAAGAAAAUGACCACAACAACUUGAAUAAUCCUAAACUACUGAUUAAAGAAACUGAAAAAUAUAUCAAACCUUACAAAACAGCUGGAAAUGAAGAAAACUGUUUCCCUGACCUAACAAAAAAGUCUCUGAAUUUCCCCCAGUGUCCUCAGAAAGUAGACCACUACCCUGGUAUUUGUUUGGAUAGUCCACUUCCUUUAUCCCAGAGAUUAAAACUCAGGUUUAAGAACACUUGAAAUUUGAAAUACUAAAGUAUAACAUAUCUGAAUACCGUGAGCAUUAACAGAGAGAGGGUGUCCUAUUAAUAUUAGGUAGGGAAGUUUAAUGGUGCUCCAUAUGUGGUGAAACACUUUUGCCAUUUUAAUCAAAAUUGUAAUUUUUAAAUGUUACCUAAAAUGUUGCUUUUAAAAGAUGAUCCUCUCUGGUGAAGGCUUCAGAUAAUGCAUAUUUUUUAAAUAUAUUUUUGCCAUUUCUAAUAUCAUUAUCGUUGAGUUACAUGGCUUUAAAAUGUUAGAUGUAGUCCUUGACAGAGUAAAUGUUUCAUCUAUUUGCUCAUUUUUACUUUCUCCUCCACAAGCCUCCAAAGCACUUAUUUAUAUUUUGAUUUGUUCCCAAAAGGGUAACUCUUUAAUUGUCUUCCAGUGUCUUCCAGUGUACCUUUCCUGGGAGUUAGGUUUUUUCCAGGUGUGCAGAUACUUUGUACUCUUUCAUAUUGGGUGAUUUUAUUCUCCUUUCUAAUGUGCAAAACUGGAAAAGGAGAGAUGGUGGUCAGUACAUGUAAUCAAAAUCACAGUUGUAAUGGCUGGAUAAACUAAGAAAAGUUGCUGCUUACAUAUCCCUAGUUCACAGGAAUAGAUAAUAGAAGAAGAUUUGGAAAACAAUGUAUAAGCGGCUCAGGAUCACACAGCUAGUUAAUAGUUUCCUUGCCUCCUAAUUGUUUAGUUUGUCUAUUUUUCUGUCACUUCUGUGUUAAAAAUGAAUCUAUGCGCCAGCGCCGUGGCUUAACAGGCUAAUCCUCCGCCUUGCGGCGCCGGCACACCGGGUUCUAGUCCCGGUUGGGGCGCCGGAUUCUGUCCCGGUUGCCCCUCUUCCAGGCCAGCUCUCUGCUAUGGCCCCGGGAAGGCAGUGGAGGAUGGCCCAAGUGCUUGGGCCCUGCACCCACGUGGGAGACCAGGAGAAGUACCUGGCUCCUGGCUUCGGAUCAGCAUGAUGUGCCGGCCGCAGCAGCCAUUGAAGGGUGAACCAAUGGCAAAGGAAGACCUUUCUGUCUGUCUCUCUCUCUCACUAUCCACUCUGCCUGUCAAAAAGAAAAAAUUUAAAAAAAAAAUGAAUCUAUGCAAUAUUGACUUUAAUACCACCAAAUAUUAAGUCUUGGAUUCAAAGUAAGUUUUGUACCUCUAGAGAGGUACUCAAAUUUGAAACAAAACAGAGAAGCUGUCUAUUCACAGAUAGCAGUAUCUUAUAUAAAGAUCUGAAGGCAUCCACUAUAAUAUUAAAGCUGAUAAAUGAGUUCAGCAAGGUUACAGGGUAUAAUAAUAGUGUACAAAAAUCAAUUGUAUUUCUAUAUACUCACAAUGAAUACAAAAUUAAGAAAAUCCCAUUUACAACAAUAUCAAUAAGAAUAAAAUUUUUGGGGAUAAAAACAGUAGAAAAUGAAUACUUUUAAAACAAGAAACAUUGAAAUUAAAACAAAUAAUUGGAAAGACAUGUUCAAGGAUCAGAAGACUUAAGAUAGCGGUUCUUCCUGAACUGAUGUACAGAUUGAAUAUAAUCUCCAUCAGCUCCAGCUUGUUUCUUGGCAGGAACUGACAAGCUUAUUCUAAUGUUUAUGUGGAAAUUAAAGGGACACUGAAUAACCAAGACAAUCUUGAGGGGGAAAAAAUGUAGGAGAACCCCUUAUUGCAGUGUGUUGUACUAGCAUAAAGGUCAACAUAGAUCAAUUAUAUAAAAGCAAGAGUCCAGAAAUAUGCAUUCACAUUUAUAGUCAGUUGAUUUUUCAACCAGAGUACCAAGAAAAUUCAAUAGGGAAAUAAGAAUCGUCCAACAAAUGCCGCUGUGGCUGUUUUGUGUCCUCAUGAAAAAACAGUUUGAGCACUAACACCGAAAAAAUAACGAAUUCAGGAUAGUCCAAAGACCUCAAAGUAGGAGCUAAAGCUAAAAAACUCUUAGAAGAAAAUAUAGACAAACCUUUGGGACUUUUGGGUUGUUGUAUAAGCAACAACUAAAAAAAGUUGAUAAAUUAGACUUACACAAAACGAAAAACGUGUGUUUCAAAGGGUGUCGUCAGAAGGGUGAAGAGGCAUCUCAUAAAACGGGAGGAAAUAUUUGUACAUCAUAAAUGUGUAAAGUUGUAUCUAGAGUGGUGUGUAUAAAGAUCUUACAAUUCAAUAAAGACAAGAAUGGGCAAAAUAUUUGAACAGAUGUUUCUCUAAAGAAGAUGUACAAAUAACCAUUAGUGCAUGAAAAAAAUACUGGACAUCAUUAGUUAUCCAGAAAAUGCAAAUGAAACCCCACAGAAUACCAUUUCAUGCCCAAUAAGGUAGCUAGAAUCAAAGAGACUAAGCAUUAACAAAGAUGUGGAGAAACUGGAACCUUCCUUAACCUGCUGGUAGAAACAUAAAAUGGACAGCCACUUUGGCAAAAGUUUGAUGAUUCCUUGAAUAAAUGUAGAAAAACCAUAUGAUUCAGCAAUUCUACCCCCAAGAUAACAUACCCAAGAGAAAAUAUGUCCAUAUGAAAACCUGCGCACACAUGUUCAUACCAGCAUUACUCAUAAUAGCCAAAAAGAACCCAACUGGCUAAAAAGGGUAAAUAUAAUGUAUUAAUGCUCAGUUCGAUUCUAUAUAAACUUAUCCUCUUCAACACCUAAAAAGACUAUAUUGCCAUCUUUCGAAUAUUCAGAAAGAAAAAUGCCUUUUAAACAAUUCCUGGGGCUGAUGUGGCGUAGUAAGUUAAGCUUCUGCCUGUGGCCUGGGCAUCCCGUAUGGGCACUGGUUCAAGUCCCGAUUGCUUCACUUCCAAUGCAACUUGCUUCAAAUGGCCUGGGAAAGCAGCAGAGGAUGGCCCAAGUGCUUGGGCCCCUGUACCCAUGUGGGAGACCAGGAAGAAGCUUCUGGCCUCUGGUCUCAGAUCGGUCCAGUUUGCUAUUGUGGCCGUUUGUGGAGUGAACCAACAGGUGGAAGCCCUCUCCCUCUGUAACUUUGGCUCUCAAAUAAAUAAAAAUAUAGAUUUGAAAAAAAGAAAAAUUUUUUUCAGGAAUCAGCUUAUCUUGAAUUAAUUCACUCUGGGGUAUAAUAGUUUAGGACCAUCCAGUCCAGUCCAGUAAAUACUUGGAAGAAUAUCCAGAGAUAUUCUUUUUAAGAGUCUUAAAAUUUUAUAUUCACUUAAUUUUCAUUUUACUGGAAAGGCAGAGAAACAGAGACAGAGGUCUUCCAUCUGCUGUUUUUUUCUCCAUAUACCCUCAUCAGCCACAGUGGGGAAAGGCCAAAGUUAGGAGCCCAGAGCCCCAGGUCUGGCACAUGAUGGCAGGAACUGCGUGCUUGAACCAUCACCGGCUGCCUCCAAGGGUGCACAAUCAGGAAGCUGAAUUCAGGAGAACAGCAAGGACUUGAACCCAGGCAGUCGAAUAUGGGAUGCAGGUAUCCCAAGAAGCAUCUUAACUGUUGCACAUAAUGUACCAUCCCUAGAAAUGUUCUUGAUUUUAUGAGGUGAAAACAAAAAUUAGUAGGACCUGAUCUAGACUCAUUUUCCUGCAUACGUAAUAUAGGCAUAAACAUGGAUUCUGGUACCAACUUUUGCUUUGUUCAAACUCCAGAAUUUUCAAUGACCAGGUUAUCCCAGUUCUGUUUCAAGCAUUCUAAUUUCUUAUUCUUUGCUAAUCUGGUCAUGAUAUUGCUGGUAGACUUUUAUCAUGUGUAGCUGUUUAUGUAUUUGCUCACCACUUCACUGUCUUACUAAGAAAACUCCAAAUUUCUUUACAAAAGAUCUACCUCUUCCUGGAUCCUGGAAUUGUUUUCUCCCUCUUGUCUCCAUGUUAAGGCCCUGUUCUGUUCUUUAUAUUCUAGCUUUUGUAAGAUAGCUUAGUUCCUUGGGGGUUUUUAUUUCAGAUUUUACAAUGAAGAGAUCUUUUUUCUCUUGUGUAACAUGGCUUAAACCUUGUCGGAUAUGCCUAAUUUCAAUUCUUUUCUGUUACAGAAUUUCUCUGACCAGUCAUUUUUCUGAGACAUGCAUUCAACUAAUUAUGUAACAUCUGUUAUAGGACAGGCAUUGUGCUGGGUCCUGGAGGUAUAGCAGUGAAUGAUAGUCUAUAAAGUUGUCUUAGUAUCUAUUAAGUUUCUGCCACCAAUGUACAUUAUAGGCAUUUGGUAAAUGGCAAUCAUGUUAGUUACCAUCAUUUAGAAGGGGAACUCAGAUUUUGUUUCAAGCUGGAACAGCCAAGCAGCCCUUUGGUAAAAAAAAAAAAAAAAAGGUGAACGCUGUAACACUACUAGGGGGCAGUGUGAAGGUGGGAAGAUGGGAAGAGAUGUUUUCAGAAAAAGGAGGCUCUAGCUUAAUGUCACAAAGGGGAUUCUAAAAGAUGUGAUAUUUGAGCUGAUACAAUACUAGAAAAAGACUAAUGUGCUCACUGAAGUCAACUAAUAAAAGUUUAUGGA